GGCAAAUUUUCUGCUCUCCUCCGAAGCAGCAGCAGCAGCUCGGUGCUCUGCGCGGCGGUGUUAGACGAGAAUGUAAGCUAGGUGGCCGCACGAUCACAUUUAUCACACCGAGGCUGUGCCAGACGCACAUGGGAUCCGUCCUGCGUACCCGGGGAUCUACAGCACCCGCAGCCGCGCGGAGGGGACCCAGAGCCCGGUCAGGAGCAGCGCUCACCCUGCCUGGACUCUUCCUGUGACACAUUCAUACAAAAAAACAACCACAAAACAUUUCUGAGGUGAUCUGUCUUCCUCUCUGGGAGGCUCGCGGAGACUCAGCGUGUUAUUUAUUUAUAUCGUGUGUUGGUUGAGGCUGAGCCGCGGCGGACGAGCUGCGUCUUCGCGCGGAGAGGUCGGACUUCUUUUGGGAAAGCAGAACCAAACACACGCGAAAACACUCCCGUCCUGUCUGUCGCCCCCCAGUCUUUGAUUUCCUGUCAGUUUUUUUCUUGCGAUUUAUUUCCUGCUGCCAACACCAGGAACCCGGGACUGAGCUCCGAGGAUGAAAGAAAACUAGAUUUGUGAUCGAGGCUUUCAGCUUGUUUUACUGGAUUUAUUUCGCUGUGGAGGAAAAAAGAUCCGGGAGCGGAGCGGUGCGCAAAAAACAGCCGAGGUCUUCCUCCUCUCUUCUCUCCUCUCCCACCCUCUAUCUCUCCAUCUAUCAAUCUGUCUACCUAUCCCCCUCUAUCUAUCCAUCUCUCUAUUUGUUUCUAUGUUUUUAGGUCCGUGAGAUUUUGCUAAAAUGCAUCAUCAACAGCGGAUGGCAGCUUUGGGAACAGACAAGGAACUGAGUGACUUACUGGAUUUCAGCGCGAUGCGAAACAGCGAUUUGAAAAUGUUCCCAACAUCCAUGAUGUUUUCCCCUCCUGUUAGCAGUGGAAAGAACGGGCCGACCUCCCUGGGGAGCGGACAUUUCUCCGGCUCAAAUAUGGAGGAGAGAUCGAGUGCAGGGUCAUGGCCGAGUGGAAGCCGUUCUUCAAAGAGUUACGCAGAAGGGUCUCAGUACAUGGCGUCACAUGACAGCCUCUCACCUCCCUACGCCAACUCCAGGCUUGCAGGAAAAACAGAGAGGAGUUCGUACACAUACGGCAGAGAGUCCAACCCACACUGCCACCAGUCCGUACUGGGAGGUGAGAUGGGGAUGGGGAGUCCCGGCGCGGCGUCACCCACCAAACCGGCCAGUUCCGGUCAGUACUACCAGCACUACGGCCCAAACCCGAGGAGGAGAACGCUGCCUAUGGACACCAUGGAGGUUCACCCAAAAAAAGUGCGGAAGGUCCCUCCUGGCUUGCCGUCCUCAGUGUACGCUCCGUCUGCCAGUACAGCAGACUACAACAGGGACUCACCGGGCUACCCCUCCUCCAAACCCCCCAGCUCCGGCUUCCCGAGCUCGUUCUUCAUGCCAGACGGUCACCACAGCGGCGAUCCCUGGAGUAGCAGUAGUAGCAGUAUGGGCCAACAGGGCUACCAUGGCAGCAUGCUGGGGGGCGGGAACUCUGCUCACGGGCCCUCUCAGAGCUCCUCCUACUGCGGGAUUCACCCUCACGACAGAUUGCAGAGCUACCCGUCACACUCGUCUGCAGACAUCAGCUCCAGCCUUCCUCCCAUGUCCAGCUUCCACAGAGGGGGAGGGAGCGGGGGAAGCGGCAAUCACUACAGCACCGCCUCAUGUACCGCCCCCACCAACGGCACAGAAAGCAUCAUGCCUAACAGAGCACAGAGCUCAGCAGCCAGCAGCUCUCAGACAGGAGACGCCUUAGGGAAAGCACUCGCAUCCAUUUACUCUCCAGACCACACAAACAACAGCUUCUCGUCAAAUCCCUCCACCCCAGUCGGCUCGCCUCCCUCCCUCACAGCUGCCAGUUCAGCUGUCUGGUCAAGGAAUGGUGGACAGGGAGCAUCAUCGCCAAACUAUGAGGCUCCUCUGCAUUCUCUGCAAAGUCGUAUUGAGGACCGUCUGGAGCGUUUGGACGAUGCCAUCCACGUAUUGCGGAGUCACGCGGUGGGGCCCUCGACGGGUAUGAGCGGCGGGCACGGCGACAUGCACAACCUUAUAGGGCCGGCACACACGCACAACGGAGCCAUGAGCACUCUGAGCAGCGGCUAUGGGUCAGGACUGCUGUCAGCCAACAGACACUCCCUCAUGGUGGGAUCUCACAGAGAAGACGGCGCCGGUGUGAGCAGUCUACGUGCCGGACACUCGAUGGGCGGUCAGGUGUCGGUGCCUCAGCUUCCUGUUCAGUCGGCCACCUCGCCGGACCUCAACCAGCCUGACCCGUACCGCGCUCUGUCUGGAGGCCUUCAGGGUCAGAGCACCUCCUCCGUCAGCUCGAUCAAGUCCGAGGACGAGGGAGACGAGAACCUCUUGCAAGACUCCAAAAUCCUGGACACCAAGAAGGAGGACCCGGACAACAAGGAUCUUAAAUCUGUUGAGAGCAACGCUGAUGAUGAGGACUUGUCUCCGGAGCAGAAGAUGGAGAGAGAGAGGGAACGGAGAAUGGCAAACAACGCGCGGGAGCGUCUGCGUGUGCGCGACAUCAAUGAGGCGUUCAAGGAGCUGGGCAGGAUGGUUCAGCUGCACCUGAAGAGCGACAAACCUCAGACCAAGUUACUGAUACUGCACCAGGCCGUCGCUGUCAUCCUCAGUCUGGAGCAACAAGUCCGAGAGCGGAACCUGAACCCCAAGGCAGCCUGUCUGAAGCGGCGCGAGGAAGAGAAGGUCUCAGUGUCAUCAGAAGGGGCUCCCCUCUCAUUGGCCGCUGCUCACCAUGCCGCUGCUGCCGCCAUGGGCGACGGGUCGAACCCUAUGGGACAAAUGUCCAAGGUGCCAGAGUUCAUCAAGAUGAUGAGCGACCACUUCCUCUGACGGCGUUUUCAUGACAACCUGGCAAUCGAUCAAACCUGUUGUUGCUUCGGCCUGACCAAUCGGAUCCUCUGGAACUUCGGCCUGACCAAUCAGAUCAGCCUCUUUCUCGCCUUUCCUCUGUCGUCUCUGAUCCUCCUCUUCACCUUCGUCUCCUUCUGUCGAGAACACAAACUGCAGUCACGUUAGUCGCUUUCGUCACUUUGCAUUUCCAGCUGAGAUGAACUGGAUGCUGCUUGGUGGAGAUGAUACAAUAGCCACUGUGAACGUGGCUGCUUCAAAAGCGUGGCAGUCUGUGGGAGCUUCUGGACAAAAUGGACAAAAAGACUUUGGAAUCACAUCGUCUGAGAAAUUCUUCAUCUUGAACUACUUGUUUUAUCAGCAUUCCCUGUUUUAAAGAACAAAAGGGUUCUAUAUAUAGUAUAUAUAUAUAAGAGAAAAGGAAAAAAUGACUAAAAAACUUGUUGAAAAUGUGCAACUGGACACGAUCAUUAAGGAGGGACGGGUUGGGGAGAGUUGUUCAAAAUGGAGCAAAACAUAUCACAAGUGUUUAAAGAGAUUUUCUUUUGUUAAAAAAACGACAUGCGCAGCUGAUGUUGAAUACAGCUUCAGUGUGACUCUGACUGAAUGGCAAUCUAACGCCACACUGUGGAUGAAGCUGUGCCUGAUCUCCUCUUGGAUGCAAAUCAGUCAGACAGAUACACAUGGAGAGCAAAGUAAAGUAGAAACAAAACGAGAACUCAAAAAUUCCUGGAAGUAUUACACAACCUCCCCGCUUAUACACCCCCCUUAAGAACCCCACGUUUCCACAGUUAAAAGUAUAAAUGAAGAAGAAUUUCGGAAUCUGUUGCAAACCUACUCUGGGUGCUUGAGAAGCCAAGUGACCUGAACAAAAGUAAAGUUUGCAGAUCCUUUUUGAUUAUCAUUGAAGCCUAGAAAGAAGCGUAACUAAACAAGGAAAAGAGGGGCAACUUGAUCUUCUGCUUCGAAUGCAUUCCCUUGUAAACAUUGCAAAAUGUAGUUUACACCAUCAGUGUUAAAACAGAUGUUCUUCUGCACUUGUAGUUCAUGCUAAAAGCCACUUUGACUUUGUGCUAACUUUUGAGUCUGUAAACAAAAUCCUGGACCGUCAUACCCAAAUGACCCGUGUGUAUCGACUGAGAGGAAGAGAGAACCUUAAGAAUCAAUCAUUGAAUCAGUUAAUCAAUCAAUCAGUGAGGGACUCCAAAGGGACUGGGGUGUUUGGUAGAAUCAGUAGAAAACUCCUGCUGUAACAAAAACGAGUUUCCUUUCAAGAAGCAGCAGGACGGAAAAACUGUUCUGGCAUCAUCUUUUGAGACUGUUGCUUUGGUUUGUUACGCAGAUGCAGAAUUUUCAGCAGAAAGAGAGACACAUCUCGCAAUCUGAGUCCUUUGACAGAUAUUCGUCAGCAUGGGUAGAGCUGGCUGAGUCUGAGAAUUGCUCAAAUCCAAGGAUUACUGGACAGAUGGUUGAGAGGAUGGACAGAUGAUGGAAACCAUGGAUGGAUGGAUGGGUGGACGAGCGGGUUUGACUGAGCACUGAAGUGAAUUCUGUUCCACAUUUGGAGCCUUCCCAAAAUCAUGAUCCCUCCACUUAGAUUGAGUGCUGACGACACUCUGAAGACCUGAACCAUGAGAGUUUUGGGAUUCAUUGAAGGGCAGCAGAGUCUGACUGAAUGGGCCAACAUCUUGAGAAGCUAGAGGUUGAAGCGAUGAAUGACAGAACAGAGAAUCCAACGGUCUCAAUGUUGAAAAAGCUGCAAGAAAAGCAGGGAACAAUCAGCGGGGUGUGUUGAGGCAUUACUUUCCUUUAGGGGCCAAGCAGCAGUAGUCCAAGCAUUCCUGUGUUCAGUUUUAUAGAUUCCCAUACUUCCUUGUUUAGGAUCUGGCCCAUUGUUACCCCAAACCUCACGCCUCACACCUCACUCCUUCCCUGCUAACCUUUGAAGAUUUUCUGAUUGACAUUGUUGGGUUGUCUUUUCCUGGGACCACUACCUGCUUCUAAUUUCCGUUGGUUUUCUUGAUGGCGCUGAUUCCUGGCAAAGGUUUGAGCACUGAUCUGAGACCGUACUUUCUAGACAUCAUUAGUGGAGAGAAGUUGGGAAAAGACUUGUUGUAUAGGCUGCCACAGUUCUAGCAUCAUCAUGUGGCUUUUCCAAGGUAGCAGGACAAGCCAGGCUUCCAGCUGAGUAAGGGCCUGUGUCCACUAACUCAAUUUUUUUGCGCUUGCAGUGCCUACUUUCUAUCCUAGCGUUUCCAAUGCUCUGUGACCUCACUGCAAAAACGCACUUAGCUUCAGCUGGUUUAAGUUGCUGCACUCUCAGUUAAAAAUAGUCAACUGUUAAAACACCAUCCCGCUUCUCAAUAUCACUUCUAGAUCACCGACCAAUCAGAGUUAAGAAAGGGCGGGACUUCUGAUAUCAAUUUUGUAACCACAGUUGUUUUUUCGGGGUACAAAUUCCAGGUCUAGAGCUGCUGCUGAUGCUACAACACAAUUUCUGUUUGAUUGUAGUGGACACAGGCCCUAACUGUGCCAGAGGACCAAAUGUGAGCAGUAUCUGACUCUCAUACUGUUUAACUGCCAGACUGGGUGAGAUUUAAGGGUUUCAGAAUUUGGCUGAUUGGCGUGAGUACUAGCUUAGGUUUGUGAUACUCAGAUUGGGCUAACGCUGGAAUAAACCAUAAUAAAACCAAUUUUUCAAGCAACCAGGUAUGCCUGAUGCAGGGCCCAGACUACCUUGAUUUGUCCACCACUCAUCCUGUGUACCACUUUAGAAAUGUGCUGCCUCUUGUGUCAUGAUCCCAGGUAGAAGUUUGCUUUCAAUCAGCACUGGAGUGGGAGGGAUACAGGAUCAGAACAACAUUUGACAAGCCGACAAAGGGGAAAAAAGCUCAACAAUGAAACCUGAGUGUUCAUAUUGUUGCUAUGCAUCAAGGUCUCCUCUCCUUCAACGGAUAACGGUCACUAGAGUAUCUGCAGAAUGUCCAUUGUUUCAUGGUGUCAAUCUCAGAGUCUUCUUUCACCCUUGCCCUGGUUUGAACCCUCCUAAAGACAGACCUAUGUUUGAUCCCCAGUCCCAGUGCUGUCUUCUCUGUUGACCCUAGCCUUAUGCACCCUAACAGAGCCCUUAGCCCCUCUCCCCAGCCUCUUUCAGUCCCACAGAUGCAAUUUGAACAUUCACAAUUCUACCAAUGUGCCUUUUUAGAGUUCAUAUCAUUCGAGUUGCCAGAGGAGGACAUUUACCUGGUCUUUUAAUAGGAUGCAAGCUUAGGGAAACCUGUUCUUAUUCGUUAGGUUCUAUGCAGUCAGGUUUUUUACCAGACCUGGGAAUUUAAAAAAAGCUAAAAAGGAAAAAAAAGUAUUUUUUGGAUAAAAAAAAUGAAACUGUAUUUAAUGUACUGUACGCUUAUAUGUAAGUAGACAGCGUGUUCUGGCUUUGAGCCAGCGAGACAGACGCUUGAUUUAGCAAGACAAGCCCCCGUCCCAGUCCUCUCCGUCCCCCCCAGUCCUCCAUAAUCCCCAACCCUUCCUGUUCCUAACGGUGAACAACGCGUCUCUUCUUGUAUUAUAGCUUAUCAGCUUUUUAUCAAUAUUUGACCGGCUUGUCCGUGAGCCAAUGUAGUCUUCAGUACAAAGUGUGUGGUCGUAUGUUGUAAAACAGAUUUUCUUUCUCUCUCUCUCUCUCUCUCUCUCUCUCUCUUUUAUAAGAAGAAUCUUUUCCCUGAUUACUUUUUCUUUGUCUGUUCUGGUUUACAUGUCGAUUAUAGAAAAUGUAAAAAAUAAAAAACAAAAACAAAAAGAAUAAAACAACACAAUUAGCUAUCCGGCAGCAUUGUUCUCUGUCGGAGGUCAUUUCGACGCGGUUAAACUCUUACCCAAUCAACAGGAAGGCACGGAAACUGGAAAAGAAUCUAUUUGAAUAAAUCAAUCUAUAUAUAAAUGUACAAAAAAUAUAUACAAUAUAUAAGGAGGGUGCCAUCUUCUGUUACUUUUUUUAUUUCCGUUUCAAAAGGAGUGUUUUCAUGGGGAGGAAUCAUUUUCUCAAAGACUGAACUGGCAGAAGCUGGCGAGGCCCCUCAGUGUUCAAAGUUUUCAACUGACUUUGUUGUGUUCUCUGUUGUUGCCAUGAACAACACCCUCAGACUAGUACGGCACCCCGCGCAGGACAAAAUGGGACGGAAGUUCCAUCAGCUCCUUUCACUGCUAUCUAUCCAAGGCAACAACUCACAGACGUUUGUAAAUUGUAUGCAACAAAAUGGCAAACUUUACCAUUAUUUUGAAAUUGUGUAUGUAAAAGUUAUAUUUUUACAUGUAGACUGUUGUUAUUUUGUGUUUUAGAAAUAUGUUGUAUCGGUUUUUUUGUUAAAAGAUGAAAAAGUAAAAAUUCAGUGUGUGUUGAAAAAAUGUGUCACAUUGAAAAUGUAGUGAGGUCAAAGUUCUGAAUCAUUAUUUUUUUCAACAUUACGUUUAUUAUCUGUGGCGAACAUUUUUGAGGGAUCGUGGGAGGAAUCAGAAAUCACAAAUGAUAUACGAUAUUUGUCUAAUUCUUCAUGCCUCAUGACAUUACCAUUUUUAAUUGUAUUUUUUGCAGAGAAAUGUGUAAAUAGUCAUAAAACAUUUUCUGUGGGGUUUCUGUGGGGUAAGGACUUGCCAGUGAGAGGUGGUGAUGAUGAACUUGUUUGAUUUCUUGUGGAGUUAUAAUUGUCCGCUUACAGUAGCCAGGUGCCAACUUUUAGUUUUGGUCAGUGGUGCUCAGUGCUGUUUGUGGUUUUAGUUGCAGACCAUCUGAAGUGUAAGUCAAAAAUUGGCUUUUCUUGCACCAAGAAUCACUUUUGUCAGAGUCCACCAGAGCCUGAUAGUUAUCAUUUGGUUCAGACGAUUUUCUUUAGAGGAAGCUUCACCCCCAAAAAAAGAUGGAUCUCAAUCAAGGAUUAAAUGUUUCAAAGGCUACAUUGGAGAGAUUAGAUUUAAAGUGUCCUAAUCAAAUUUCACGCUGGCUCCCCCUGGUGGCUCUGACUCCUGUGUAUGUACUUUCCUCAAGAUGGGCUGUAAAUGUUGAUUAAAUGAAGACCCUCAGCACCUGAUUCAAGAUUAAUAUAUGAAUUUUUUUGUAAAAGAUUGGAGUGUUGCUAAUAUAAAAAAGUGAGUCGUCAGCAAACAAUCUUAUCAGCUAUUUCCCCAAAAAGAUAUCAGAUAACGUGCGAGACAGUUUCAGCCAUUUGUUUUGAGUGUUUGCCGUUAAAAUUGAGCUUUUUAUCAAAAAGGAAAAGCUGCUCUGAAUCGGACCUAGGUUAAACACGAGCAUUGAAUCUGUCGGUGUAAGUGCUAAAUGUAUUUUUUAUGUAAUGUUAUUUUUGCGAUGCUUUAUUUCAUAUUUUCUCUUUGUUGUAUAACCAAGUCAUCUCCCAGUACAGUAUCUUCAUUUUUAUGUUACCCCUGAUGUUUCUAUUAGCCAAAAUGUUAACUUUUCUUUUCCCUCCUUGUUGUACAUACACACCUCAUUUCUCUUUUUUCAGUGACUGUGCCAUGAGCUUUGUAAUCUGUUACUCUGUACCAGUUUUACUGCAAUAAUGAGUUGAAUUC